UUCGCUUAUGAACUACGAGGAAAGUCUUAGAGCAGAGCAGGUGAGGCGGGUAGCAAGUCAUUCAAGUCACCAAGUCACCAAGUCACCGCAGGCCGUGAGCGGACGGAUGGGGAAUAGGCCACCCACUUGGAGUUAUCUCCAUGUCCAUGGGGCAUGCCAUGAACAGUGAGUGAGCACUUCCACUUCCCAGUGAGCUGGUCGAUCGGCUGGCCCGAAAGGGACAAAGUGGGCUGGACGCGAUCAAUGACCGGUGCACAUCACCUCGUCGUCAGGGGCCACGCUUUGGUUGGCUACCCGGGCCCCACCACUGCAGCCAACCCCUCAAUCAGUCCGAUGGGAGGCGCCAAGUGCGCGCGCAUCAUGGGAUGCUAUGGCAGAGGAUACCAUCGAGGAGCACGGAAAAGAUACAUAGUAGAUGAUGAUGAUGAUGAUGAUGAUGAUGAUGAUGAAAGGGAGACGACGGAAGAGACCAAUCCCCAUUCAGACCCGACACUGGGCAAAAAUGCGGAGAUGGCAGCAGACCCGAUUAGAUUCCUCAACAUCGCUGAUGGGGAACGCGCUGCGCAUUCCAGAGCUCCUCCAGUCAAUGGUACUGUACCACCUGUGGAUAUCCCGACAUUCAUAGCGCUCCGCUCCAUCGACGAAGCACCUGGAGAAGGUAGGGAGGGAGGGUCAAGUCGGAUAGUAGUCUCCUCUGAUGCCCGUCAAUUUCCCGCCUCCUUUCCCUCCCCUCCCCCAAAACAGCAGACCGGCGGCUCAGUCGCUCCUUCCCAGACAGACAGACAGACAGACAGACAGACAGACAGACAGACAGACAGACAGACAGACAGACAGACAGUCAGUCAAGGACCGCACAGCCUCCCCCUCCUUCUGGCUUCUCCCAACCAAACAAUCUUCCCGCGCUCAUCUGUGGAUUCACUGCAUUAAUAUCCCCGAUUAAUUCAUGGGCCUUCCCUCUCCUCCGUAUGUUCCCCAUCAUGAUGAGGAGGAUGCUUUGAAUGGGGAGAAUGGACAUCCCCAGCCAAGAAGCUCCACCUGGCUGCUGCCCAUGGCCCAUGGCAUAGGAACGACGACUAGUGUUGAACUACUCCAUACGAUCUACCAUGACUACUACUAGGUUAGACUCACUGGGUGGAAAUGAUACUGGCUGGCCGGCCGGCCGGCAGGCAGACGGACAGACGCCAGCUUUGCCUAGCUAGGAUUGACUGAGCUCUUCCCUCGCGCGCGUUCUCAUUUUACCCCGGCUUUGGCUGACAUCCCUACGCCGGGCCUACUUACC